UCCAGCCGGGGGAUCGCACUCUGGCUUCACUAGAGAAGAUGUCCGAGCCCAAUGAGUACCGGGACUGGAUCCUGGAGACGAUCGACUCCCUCCGCUCCAGGAAAGCGCGUCCGGAUCUGGAGAGGAUCUGUCGAAUGGUCCGGAGACGACACGGGUCAGACCCGGAGCGAACCAGGACGGAACUGGAGAAACUGAUCCAAGAGCAGACGGUGCUCAAAGUUAGCUACAAGGGGUCCAUAUCGUACCGGAAUGCGGCGAAGGUGCAGAGGAAAAGCAGAAAGAAGAGCGAGUCCACGGCGGCGACGGAGAGGAGCAGAGCCGAGCAGGCGAACAACAACGGGGACAGUGCGCACAGCUUCACCGACCAGGAGGAGGAGGAGGAGGAGGAGGAGGAGGAGGAGGAGGAGGAGGACGAGGAGCCCAGCCCAGACCCCCACACGAAAGCAAGUGCGCCGAGAGACGAGGGGUCAGGGCAGCAGGGAGCCGGGGUCAGCCACGCAACACACGCAGUUCUUGCGGGGAAAGAGCCGCAUGGGUCCGGAGAUGACACCCGGGAGGAGACAACCUGCCUCCCGGAGCAACCACAGCAGCAGAGACCGAGGCAGGCGGAGACCCUGAAGCCCAAACUUAGAGCCGGAGGAGCGGGCACCAAAACACCGGGGAGCCACGCCAACUCCGAGCUGGGAGACCGGCUGGUGGCGUCUGUUCGCAGCCUGUCCGAGAGAGGCGUCCGGGGGGGAAACACCACCACCACCACCUCCAUCAACACCAACACCACCACCCACAUGAAGCCGCUCGGGCUGAAUGAGAUCCUGGGUUAUCUGAGCAGCCAGGAGCGGCUGUCGGAGGAGAAGCUGACCCGAGGCAAAGUGAAAGUGGUGAUGGAGAGAGAGGUGGCGAGGGGCAGACUGCGGAGGAGCCGCUGCGGGAACAUUACUCUUCCUCUGAGGGUGGAGGUGGAGGUGGAGGAGGUGGAGGAGACAGACAGACCCGUAAAGAGCGCACUGCAGGACCCGCACACGGUGAGCAAGGUGGGCAGAGAACUUAACAUUGCCAACACGUCCACCCUAUCCCCGGUGACCAUGACAGCCGAACCAGAGCUCAUUGAGAAAACCACAGAAGAAGUUGAGAUCCAGACAGCAUCAAAGCAGCACGGUGGCAAAGGGAUGUGCGAGCUUGAUUCCCUCACCAGGACGCCAUGUCUACCUGUUCAGGGAGCUUCCCUGUCACAAUGUAACAGCGCACACUUGGAGGACAAAGCUGUCCUCGUUGAUCAGUUCCAUAUGGAGGCACAAAACCAGAUGCAGCAUGACAGAAUCACCCACGACUCCUCAGACUUUAACAGCUUGGAGUCGAAGAUGGAAGUCGGUGUGUCGUCCUGCCUGCUCACACCCACUGCGUCUCCGAGAGACUCAGGCAUGUCUGAGGAGCGAGGGAUGAACGGAGGAGGAGGGUUUAUGAAGUCUGAGGGGGCCAGUGGGAGCCCAGUGGACUGGACAGUGUCUGAUGUGGUCAGUUAUUUCACAGCAGCAGGUUUCCCUGAACAGGCCGCUGCCUUCAGGACCCAGGAAAUCGAUGGCAAGUCUCUUCUCCUCAUGCAGCGUAACGAUGUUUUGACUGGCCUGUCAAUCAGACUCGGGCCCGCCCUCAAGAUCUAUGAGCGUCACGUAAAGGUCCUGCAGAAAACACACUUUGAGGAUGAAGACUGUUAAUGACCGUUAUGUCUGUAUCUACAUAUAGCUCAAGUAAUCCUAUAAAAAUGCAUGCAUGAUAUAUACACUUUACUUCUCAUCUCAUGUCAAACAGCACACACACACACACACACACACACACACACACACACACACACACACACACACACACACACACACACACACACACACACACACACACACACACACACGCACACAUUCCUCUGUUUCUCUUCCUCUGGCCCUCCAAACUGUUCUGGUCCAGAAACGACACACAUAAAUGAGACUGGAUGGAGAACGAGGAUCUUCUACCAAACAGAGCACAAAUGUUGGAGGGGGAAGGCAGACUAAUAACAUUUAAAGAUGCAGAGGUUAAAAAAAGUAAUGCAAUUCUCUUUUUUUAUUUACAAUGAUCAAGCACUUUUCCAUUUCUUGACUAAACUGUGCAAAAUGGUUUGUUUUUAAACUGUUGUUUUGUGCGGACCUUUAUGCACAUUUUGAAAGAGGUCGUGGUUAUUCUGUGUGGAAGUACAUUUCCUUUUUUUUGAGGCUUUAAUGCAAGGGUUUCUCGCUUGUGGGUGCCUGUUUGUCAUCGUAGACACAUUGGAUGUGUGUGUAAUAAUCACAGAGCAUGUUGGAUUGAGCAGAAAAACAUAUUAGAAAUUGACCAGAUUAAAUACAUUCCCAGAAGCUGGACUGACUCGUCAUAGUCCUCCUGUAUAUUUGGAUAAAAUCCGGUGCAGGGUUCACAACCUUGUGCAAACAGUUGUUGGUCAAAGCAAUAAGUUGAUAGAUCCUCCUAGACGUUUGAGGGGUUGUUGAAUCUUGUCAGCUCUUAAAUUCGACAGGUUGUUUUUGUGUAUUUUAGUGUUUGAGCUGAAAAUCUAUGACAUUCAGUUUUAAAAAAAUGUUUUUAAGCCGAGCUAGCCAUGAUCUGCUCUGGCCUAUGCAUCAGCACAUCAGGGGCCGGUUUCACAAAGACAGACUUUGACUGUGGCUUGCAUCAAACCAGUCAGACUCCAGAUGGACAUCAAAAUUCAUCCGCUGCACGAAGCUUAGGAAGGCACAAAUUUGCAAUGAAUUGUGAAUUAAGCCAUGUUUUCCUCUUUUUUCUG